AUGCCUGAUAAUAAUCAACAUCGUCAAGCUACUUUAUUAGUUUGUAAAUAUCGCAAAUUACAAAUGAUCUCACCAUCGAUCAAUCAAAUAUAUUGGCAGUUCAAGGAUCUUUUUCGUAUGUUAGGUUGCCAAUGUGUAGUGAGUAUAUCAGACAUUUACUCGGCAAUUUAUUCCGCACGUUAUGAUAAAAAUAAUUUCUAUGAUUUGGGUGAUGGUGAAACAAUUCUGACCGAGAAUGGAAUUGAAAAUAUGAUAUCUCUAUUUCAAUAUUUUGAAAGUUUGAUCUUGAUAUGUGUUACUGAGCAUGACACCAAUACUGAUUUAUAUCAAGCAAUUAUCACGAACAAACAUCAGACAGCACCAUAUGGUAGCCGAGAAGAUCUUGAAUGGCGUUUCUCUUUUACUUGUAAUAAACUAUCAAUACAAUUGAAAAAAUUAACUGGUAUACAGGAUCAGCAUAGAACGACAUUUCUUCUCACAAUUGAUCGAAAGCUUAUUUCGAUGAAAUCCGAUCAUAUUAUUUAUGCAUGUUUAGAAACGAAAAUCAUUCAAAAUUUAUCGAGAGAUUUUGGUAAACGUUAUUUUGUCUCACCAGUCAUUACUCGAACAUGUCCAUUGGUCUUGGCUGCAUUCGAGAUAGAUUAUGUUGAACGGCGUGGAAAAGUUAAAUGGACGCAUAUAAAUCAUAAUUUGGAAUUUCAUCUUGAACAAUUGACACAAAUCUUUCAGAAUGCUCUGGGUGAUAGACAACUCGAAGUAGCUAUUGCAAAAUAUGCAGCUACAGAUUUAUAUCUCUGCGAUACAUGUGCUAUUGAUUCGAUCGAUGAUGAAAAUAACCAGCAAAUCGAUAAAUACGCCAUGGAAACGGAAUAUCCUUUUUGGGUGUUUGAUAAAACUGUUCUGCUUUGUACUGGUAAUGCCAAAAGUGAUACAUCGAGAGCAAUCAUAGCGACGUCCGCUCUAACUACUUUACUACAUAAGCGAAGGCAUAUACCAUUUGAAGAAGCCAAAUCAAUCGCUCGGCAAAAGAUGACUGAAUGCAAUGCAUUUCGAUCCGAAUUAAUUUCAACUGUGGCUGAUACAAGCUCUUCAGUUUAUUCAUAUUUGGAUCUCAUUUUUCCUACUGAGCAUCACUUGAUUGAAUCGAUGACUAUCUCUAUAGGAAGAAAUUGCACUGUCGAACGUGACCCUGAAGAGAAUACAUUUGCUACUAUUGCUGCAGAUCGAAUUGGUGAAGAUCGAAUCUAUCGAAAUCGAGUCCAAACACAAAAUCAUCGGUGCAAAAAUGAAACACCAUCAAGCAAUUGGAUGGAUCCAACAAUUGUCGAUAGCACCGAAAAUAUUCGCAUUGGUCAUAAUGCUGAACACUUCUUCUUUGUCUAUCUACAAAAACUAUACGGUAAAAUCGACGUAACACCAACUAAAAAUUGGCGUUCUUCAAACCGUCUCAUCGUUUAUCCCCAAUAUAGACGUAAUGUGGAUGAUUCGGUGGGUUAUGAUAUUGAAUUACAUGAUACACAGGAACACUUUGUGCAAGGAACUGGAUCAACAACUAAGACAUGUUAUUUCGAAGUUAAGGGCACAAGUGGAUCAUUUGAUAAAAUACAUACAGAAUUUCAUAUUUCUCAAAAUGAAUUUGAAACAUGUCAAGCCAUUGCAAAUGAUGCUCGAAGAAGAGAACAUGAAGAAUACUUCAUUGUUAUUAUAGAAAAUUGUCUCGAUUCAGAAAAAAUCGCUUUGGGAACUAUUAUCAAUUGGAGUAGUUUCUUAAAUGCGGUAAAAAGAAUGGUAAAUAGUUACCGAUGUACAAUUGCUUCGCCACCAACAACGAAUUCAGCUCAUACCAAUAAUAAAAUGACUGAAAAUGCUGUUGCUGAUCAUCAGCAAAAUCAAGGACAACGACAAUCGACGGCAUCCCGCGAUAAUCAGAGAAACUCAAUGCCACAAGCUGCACGAUCAAACGAUGAACCUUCGAGCUCUAAUCGUAAUAAUCCACCUGCGCACCAAAAUCAGCAACAACAAAACAGACAGUGUUACGGAAGAGGUCGCGGCUGGAAUCGAAAUUCUCAAUAUCCAAAUACGAGGAAUUGA